AGUGGUCGGGUAUCUACCCCUGCCAAUUUACGAUAUCAAGAAGACCUUUUAUUCCCGGGACGGCUAAUAGAAGAAGCCGGGCGCGUAAAAGUGGGAAGGCCUCUACGCAAAGUUUUCAAGCCGUCCGAGCUAAACAAAGUCAAAGAAAAUUUUCCCGGCGAAAAAUUUAUUCUGAAGCGCGGGAAAAAAUGGACAGACAUGAUACUCGAGCGCAAUGCAACCGGUGAGGAUGCUUUGAGGGGGUGGUUAGUCGCUGCAUAUGCUGCCGAGACUGAAAAUUCUUUCGAAGAAAACCGUGAUAAUUUCUUUCAAGAUGCUUAUGAGAGGAUGAGCGACAUGUUUUCGCCGUUUAUUUCCGAGCUUCAGGCCAAAGGUUGGCAUACCUUAUGA